AUGCCUGCGAAUGUUCAUGCCAGUGUGCUUGCUCUGCUGUCUGUGUCCCCACCGACAGCUCACCGACAGCUCACUGACUCACCGCCGGGCGCCACACACACACUUCAGCAGGGUCAUGUCCUGCGCACGCCACAAACAAGUCCUGGGCGCGGGACUUGUGCUCCUUCUACUCUAAUAGGGCAUCCUGAGGCCGCGCACCUUGCCUUUGCACCAUUACCCUGUCUUACUGCACUCCUCGUAAGCCCUUCAUCACAGAUCAAGUUCACCUGCUGUCCCGCCUGCCGCGACCUGCGGUGCCGCCGCUGCCGGUCCGGAAUCAGCUGCCUGGGGUUCUGCUGCUGCAGUAUUGAGAGGAGCCCAUACGGUGCAGCGACAGAAGUUGAAGGACUCGCCCACAGCCGCACGCAGCCGUCUCGACCCUGGCUGGGGUGUGUGCAGGAGGCAGGCAAUCGCCGCCCAGGGCCCGCGCUGGUGCCGCCGCUGCCACCGCCGCAGGGACCACCGUGGCCGCAGCCAUAA